AUGCGGACUUCACACAGCAUCGCUGCCGCACUGGCGGCCGGCUUCGGCCUGGCGUGCGCCGAGUGCGGUGCCAGCUCCUCCUUUCUCUAUGUGACGUCGUACCCGCCCGAGGGAGCAGUAGGCAAGGUCACGACACUCAAGCUUGGUGAUACGGGCUUGGAAUCUAUCGGCGCUUCCGAAGCCUGCGGUCCUUAUCCGUCCUGGUUGACCCAGGCCGGCGAUAUUCUCUAUUGCGUCGACGAGGCUUGGCCUAGCCCAAAUGGCUCUGUAACUUCACUCAAGGUCGGUAGCGACGGGCUGCUGACCAAGCUGAGCUCCCUCCCGACCUUGGGUGGCCCGGUCAGCACAAUCGUCUACGGUGAUGGCGGUCGUGGAUUGGCUGUGGCCGAUUACUCCGGUGCCGGUAUCCAAACUUUUAACAUUGCCGAUCCGGCGGCGAUUGCGGCGCUUCAGACGGAAGCAUUCGCGGUUCCUGCCGACAAGCGCCCAAGCCCUCAAGAUCAGUCUCGUCCUCAUCAGGCUCUUCUAGAUCCCACCGGCGACUUCCUCGUCUUCCCAGAUCUGGGCGCCGAUCUCCUCCGCGUCUUUAAGGUGGACAAGGCAACCUUGCAGUACAGCGAGUCGACACCGCUUGAGUUUGACCGUGGGACCGGUCCCCGUCAUGCGGCCUUCUACACGACUGAAUCCAAGACGUUCCUAUACAUCAUCAACGAGCUGCAGAACAGCGUCACCGGCUUUGCCGUUGCCUACAAUGACGAUAAGACCCUAGGCUUUCAACAGGUCUACAAUGCCACCACGCACGGUGGCACCGACCCCGUGCCGGCGGGUACGGCAGCAGCUGAGAUUGCUAUCUCUCCCGACAAGAAGUUCUUGACCCUCUCGUCGAGGCUCGAGCGGAGCCUCACCUACACAGUCGCCAACGGCACGCAGGUGCCCUCGGACCCCCUUAUUACCUUCUCGAUCGACGGGGAGACGGGCGUGCUGACGCACGUCCAGACGGCGCCCGCUGGCGGCGUCAACCCGCGCCACUUUUCCUUCAACAAAGACGGCAGCCGCGUCGCCGUCGGCCUGCAAGCCGAUGGUCGCGUCGUCGUCUUUGAGCGUGACACGGCCACGGGCAAGCUCGGCAAGACUGUGGCCGAGGCAGAUGUGCCCGGUAUGCCCAAUUUUGUGCUAUUUAAGGAGUAG